CCCAAAACCGGGUGCCGCGUCGUCCCGGUGUCCCCCCGUCCGUCCCCUUCCCCUCCCCCCUAUCACCGCCCGUCCCCCCGCAGCGCGGUGCCGGCGGCCCCGUUUGAGAAGCGCUGCUGUAAGGGUUUCUGCAUCGACCUGCUGAAGCGCCUGGCGCGGGCCGUGGCUUUCACCUACGACCUCUACCUGGUGACCAACGGCAAACACGGCAAGAAGAUCGACGGCGUCUGGAACGGCAUGGUGGGGGAGGUGCGUAAGCCACGCCCCAUCGAGAGCCACGCCCCUCAAAAAGCCACGCCCCUUAGA